AUGCUAAUAGCUAUUAAUUGUGAUGAUGCAUAUGAUGAUGAGAACAACGAUAAUGACGAUGUUGAUAAAGGUGUUAAGAAUCAUGACAAUAAUCAUGAUUAUGAUAAUCACAAUUAUGACAACAAUAAUGAUAAUAGCAAUGAUAACGAAGAGAAUGAUUGUGAUAAUUAUGCUAAUAAUCAUAAUGAUAAUUACUUUGAUUGUGAUUAUGAUGCUUAUGAGUUUUUGUGCUCUUUAGAAAUACACAGGGAAGCUGACUUUGAUACACCAUCUGAUGAUAGUGACGACAAUAGUGAUAAUGACGAUGACGACAUUGGGAAUGAUUAUGAUCAUUAG